AUGUUUAGAAUCAGCAUGUCAAAAUACACGGAAGACAAUAUUCAAUCUGCUAUAUUAGCUGUGCGCAAUGGUCUGUCUGCCCGGAAAGCUGCAGCACAAUGGGGGAUACCCAGGACAACUAUUCGAGAUCGACUUUCUGGCUCCCAGUCGCGAAUUGAUGCAUAUGAACCACGUCAGCGGCUAUCACAGAAGGAUGAAAACAACUUGGUUACUUGGAUAGUAGCCCAAACGUCAUUAAACGUGCCAGUUACACAUCAACAACUCUACCACUUUGUCUCACAUAUCCUUGCCAAGGGAGGCGACCAUCGCCCUCUUGGGAAGAAUUGGAUUAAAGGCUUUAUACGUCGUCAUCCUGAAAUAAGCUUCUUUUCCCUGGUCCAGUUUCCUGUAGUACAGGGAAUUCCAGCGCGGAAUCAAUACAACAUGGACGAGACUGGUAUCCAAGAGGGCCAAGGGAGCAAUGGUCUUAUCAUUGGGAGCGCGGAAAUUCGAAUAAUUAUUAGGAAGCAGCCUGGGUCACGCUCUUGGACGACAAUUAUCGAGUGCAUCUCAGCAGACGGCAGAGUCAUUAGCCCCCUUGUGAUAUUCAAAGGAGCAAGCGUUCAACAGCAAUGGUUUCCCGAUAAAUUCGAUAAAUAUCAAGAUUGGCACUUUACAGUAUCACCAAAUGGCUGGACUUCUGAUGAAAUUGGUCUCUUUUGGUUGCGCGACAUCUUUAUCCCACAGACAGCACCAGCUAACCCAAAAGAGGCCCGGCUGCUAAUAGUAGAUGGCCAUGGAAGUCAUCCUGCCGAUAAUUUUAUGCUGGAAUGCUUCAAAAAUAAUAUAUACCUUCUUUUCCUACCAGAGCAUUCAUCCCACGUUUUGCAGCCGCUUGACGUUGGUGUAUUUAGCUCCGUUAAGGCUAGCUAUCGCGCUUCAAUCAUGGACCUUCAAUUAUUAACACCCUCAAUUACUACAAACAAGAUAACCUUUCUUGAAUGUUAUUAUAAAGCUCGGACUACCGGAAUCACCAAAAGAAACAUUCUAUCAGGUUGGAGAGCCACUGGAAUUUACCCGACUAAUGUCAGCAGGCCUCUCCUGUCAAAAUCCCUUAAAUCAGCGACUCUGCCGCUCAAGGAAAUAACCAAAGAGACACCACAAAUGUGUACAAAGCAGCAAAAUGACCUAAUAAAGACCCCACAGCGCGGUAGUUAA